AUGGAUAGCUAUGAAGAAACAGGAAGCGAUGACGAAAGAACUAACAACGGUAGUCCGGUACAGAAUGACGGUGGAAGACAGGAGAUAAUUGAUUCUAAUGCGACCCAAUCCAAUGAUGGAAGACCGCGAUCAAGAUCACCAAUUGUACCUAUCAGAGAUCACUCAUGGAAGAGUGUCAAUGCCUUUAUUAAUUAUACAACCGGAGAAAAAUGGAAGCAAAUGUCUCAGGAAGAAAAGCAGCCGUAUAUUGAUGGUGCUAAAAGAAUACGAAAGUUGAAAGUCGUGGAGCGGCGAAGAAAGAGUCAUCAACAGGAAGAAAAAGAAGCACCACAAUUGAAAAUGAAGAGACCUAGAAAAGCGACUAAGAAUAAAAGCUACCGCGAGGAUGAUGAAGCUAAACCCAAGAAGAAAAAGAAGAAUAAGGAUAUUCAUUACAAAAACGUGAUAAUUAAAAAUGUUUCCGACUCCAGCAGUGACUCUGAUGAUCGUUAUGGAUCAAAAAGAAGCGACACAAGCAUCUAA